CCAAACAUUUGUGCUGCCUGUGGACACUGAACUGGUGCUCUUGUACAUCCAGAGCUCAGCAGGAAGCCAGGGGAUCUUCUGUCUUGAUCCGAAGCUCCGUGACCAGACGUGUCUCUGACUCAUCAUCUCCAGUGCACUGCUACUGCAAAUUAUUUGAAUUUCCUGUGAGUCUGUAACCAAGGACGAGACACCGCAGUGAUCGUGGUGGGAAGGACGCUUUGGUCCUGACGGAGCGGGGACACCGGCGGCAGGCAGACCCGGGACAGCCACAGACGUCUCAAAAUUGACCCACAAGCCUGUCCAGGGAUAGCGCCUGGACACCGAACAUCCUUCCUUGUUCUGUGUUCUUGGUCAGCUGGAACCCCCCAGAAAUCUCCGUGAGACUAAAUGGAGCUUGCUUUGGACCUGCAGCCCCACUCCGGCAUGUCCCCAGGGGCUGCGGGGGGCCGCGACGGACGACAAGAGAGCCGAGUGGGGCCGGGGCUGAGGCCGUGAGGGGAUGCCCAGGGAGGGACAGCGAUGCCCAUCACACAGGACAACGCGGGGGUCUUCCUACCCCUCCUGUGCCAGUGGCUGCAGAACAGCCGGCGGGAGGGGGCCGAGGGAGCCGAGCAGCAGCUCUGCCGCUCGGCCGUCCAGAAACUGAGCGAGUACAUCCAGCUCAACUUCUCCGUGGACGAGAGCAACCUGCAGCCAGGGAGCUGUGGGACUUUGGAUACGGAGAUCUGCACCAUGUACCUGGCCCAAGAGAUGCGGAAAAAUGAAGUCCUGGGCUUGAGCUUUGGGAAUAUCCCUGCUCUGGGGGACUAUGGGGAGAAGCGUCGGGGAGGAAAGAAGAGGAAGGCGCAUAAGGGCCCUGUGCUCGAUGUCGGGUGCAUCUGGGUGACAGACUUGAAGAAGAACAGCCCGGCCGGGAAGUGCGGGAGAGUGCGCCUGAAAGAUGAGAUCCUUUCUCUGAACGGGCAGCUGAUGGUCGGUGUGGAUGUCACCGGGGCAAGUUACCUGGCCGAGCAGUGCUGGAAUGGCGGCUUUGUCUACCUGAUCAUGUUGCGCCGCAUCAAGCGCAAAGCACCCCUGCCUCCCUCCAACGGCAACAACAGCAACAGCUGCGACCCCAAAGCCAAGCCCAGCCCUGAGCCCAGAGACAGAGCUGCUCAAAAUGGGAAAAGGACCAGGAAGUUCGGGGUCAUCACCAGGACGCCGGGCAGCAAGGACAGCAAGGAGAAGCUGGGCUCAGAGCACGGGAAUGGGCACUGCACGCCGAUGGAGGUGGAGGUUGCUCAGCCAGAGACCUCUGAAGCAGAGAGCAAUGGGGAAGAGCAGCACCAGGGCACUGGGGCACUGUACCGGGGCCGGCUGUCAGAUGAUGGCAUGCCAGACAUUGGUGACCAGGCUGCCCAGCGAGAAGGUUGCCGCGUAUGGAAGAUGCACAUCCUGAAGGGGAUGGACGGGCUGGGAAUCCAGAUAACGGGAGGCAGAGGGUCAAAGCGGUCCCCUCACAGCAUCAUCGUCACCCAUGUGGAGGAAGGCGGCUCUGCACACAGGGAUGGCAGGCUGAUGGCCGGCGAUGAGCUCCUCAUGAUCAACGGGCAGUCGCUGGUGGGGCUCUCCCACCAGGACGCCGUGGCCCUUCUCCGCUCGGCCGCUGGCCUGGUGCAGCUGGUGGUCUCUAGCAAGGUAUCUUCUGAAGGGGAUCUUCUGAAGUAUCCAUCUACCAGUUUGCCAGAUUUGCUUAGCACUUGCUCAGUCCAAGACUCUGUCUCUUGCACUGACAAUAAGGAAAACGAAGAGCCAGAAGAAGAUGUGAAAGGAGUGAAUGUGUCUCCUGAAAAACUGGUUGCUGUGAUGGAAACUGAGAAGUCUCAAGAUCCAGCUUGUGCAGAAGUGUCCAAAGGAAACAAUCAGAGUUCAACUCUGGCAAGUGGCAUACUGAAAUACAGAAGUCGGUCUCAAGGUGCUGGAUCCCGCUUGGAGUCUGUAGGAGAAGACGAUGAGCUGACAGUGGAAAAUGGUGAAUCGAAUUACGAAAUAGCAGUGAAAUAUUCCCGGGGUGGAAGAAAGCACUCUCUGCCCCAGCAGCUGGAGUCAGCAGGAGCCAGACAGGACUACCAUAUAGUGAAGAAAUCCACCCGUUCCUUCAGUGCUGCCCAGGUGGAAUCUCCAUGGAGACUGACCCAGCCGUCCAUCAUUUCCAACAUUGUCCUGAUGAAAGGGCAAGGCAAGGGUCUUGGAUUCAGCAUUGUGGGAGGUCAGGAUUCUGCUCGUGGACGCAUGGGGAUUUUUGUGAAGACUAUAUUCCCAAAUGGAGCAGCGGCUGCUGAUGGAAGGCUUAAAGAAGGAGAUGAAAUUCUGGAAGUUAAUGGAGAGUCUCUGCAAGGACUGACCCAUCAGGAGGCCAUCCAGAAGUUUAAGCAACUCAAGAAGGGUGUGGUGACGCUGACGGUGCGCACACGGCUGCGCAGCCCCAGCCUCACGCCCUGCGUGACCCCCACCCUGCUGAGCCGCUCCAGCUCCCCCAGCGCCAGCGGCAGCGUGCCUGUCCCUGGCCUCGAGGAGCCCGAGGGCUCCUCCUCCAGCCGCAAAGGACCUGGCCCCAAGGACAGGAUCGUCAUGGAUGUGACACUCAAUAAAGAGCCAGGGGUUGGGCUUGGCAUUGGUGCCUGUUGUCUCACGCUGGAAAACAGUUCACCUGGGAUAUACAUUCACAGCCUGGCCCCAGGAUCAGUGGCUAAAAUGGAUGGCAGAUUAAGCCGGGGUGACCAGAUUCUGGAGGCGGAUUCUGUGAGCCUGCGUCACGCAGCGUUAAGCGAAGCCUACGCAAUCCUCAGCGAGUGUGGACCAGGCCCAGUCAGCCUAAUCAUUAGUCGUCAUCCUAACCCAAAGGUUUCAGAGCAGGAGAUGGAUGAAGCAAUCGCACGUACUACUCACCGAGAGAGCAAGGACUCCAGCUCCUCUCAUGUCACAGGAGCUGUGCAAAAAAGUCCAUCUCCUAGUGUGAAGGCCAAACAAGGAGAGACCUCAUCUCCCCUCAGCUGGACUAUGAAACGCUUCUUGGAGCCAGCAAGCCGGCAGGGAUCCGUCAGCUCUGAGGCAGAGCUUUCCCAGUACUUCUCCCACGAUGGUUCAAGCCAUCUCCCCUUCUCUGAUGCUGUCCCUGCCUCAUGUGAUGAGGAGCAGCUCCGUCAGAAGAACCGGAACAGUUGGCUGGAUGAUGGCUCUCUUCUCCCUGGCAGCCUGACUGCUAGAGAUGCAGGAGUGACAAAAGCAAAUGGUUUGGCUUCUCCAGCUAGUGGGAGGUCAUCUGGCCAUCACAACAAGCACGUGGAGUCUGUCCGACCCGGCAUCCUCAGCGACAGCCCCAAAUCUGCCCGCAGCCCCUUUCACCGACAGAGGCGGGUUGUUUUCUAUGAUGGUGACGCCAGUGAUGAUGAUGAAAGUUCCCACUUGCACAGAAGCCAGAGGGCCAAGAGCCAGGAGGAUGCUGGCAUUGUCAUAACAACCUCAUCUGUAGAAAUCGAUGAUGAGAGCCAGGACAGUGAGUCAUCGAGAUACAGUGGCAUGGAGACAUCUUCCCCUGUCUUCAGCAACUCUGUGGAGUCUGCAGACAGCACACUGGAGCAAGUUGAAUCUCCUUUUUUCCCCAUCAUAGCGUUUGAUUACUCAAGCGUGCCUGAAGUUCGUCUUGGCAGCCUGAGUUUGAGGGAGCUCCGGGAAGCACAGCUUGAAUCCAAGAGAUCUCCAAAACUUGAGCACAGAGCAGUCACUAGAGUGAAAAGCAUGAUGAGCACUGAGUGUCGAAGCCUUCAGAGACACAGGACAGAGGAGCAUGGCUCUUACAACAAGCCUGUUGCCAGGAUGCUCCCUCACAGCAAGAAGUGUGAAGCACCUGAUGUGGUCGGGCAGGGCCAGGUUGAAGUCAUCACUCUGGUUCGCAAUGAGCACGAGUCAUUUGGCCUGGAUUUGGAAAUCCAAGCCAUGCCCUUAAAGGUUGUCGUCACAGGGAUGCGGCCAGGGGGACCAGCAGAAAUGGGAUCAAUGGGCAAGAUGGCUGUAGGAGAUGAGAUUACCACUAUCAACAGCAUCCCCGUCAGCAAGAUGAUGUAUGAGGAAAUCUGUUUGCUUAUGCAGUGUCUUCCCACAUCCGUAACCCUGGAGAUCCAGAAGGCAGCGUCAGUUGUCAGCAGAUUUACAAACCUCAUCCUGUCUCCAGGGGUAGACACUCAAAAUCAGGCCAAUGUCAACAGCAUCCUCACAGCAGAGGAAGAACAAAGUUCUGGGAAGCGAGAAAGAGCAGGUCUGCAGGCUGCUGUCGGCAGCUGUGCGGCGGAGAGAGCAACACUGCCGCCUGAUGCCGCGAGCAGGGACGUGCACAGAGGUGGCCCGAGGGCCAGCCGUGAGGAGGACUGCACGGCCAUGCCCGUCACUGACAUCGAUGACCUGCUCAGCCAGAUGGGUGCCCCCGAGGGCAGGGCCUCGCGCACCCCUUCGCGGGCGGAAAGUCCCCUCCGAGACGAGUACACCACCAUGUGCUGCUGUGGCACUGACGAAGGCUGCCCCGGGUCUGAGCCACGAGCACCCAAGGAGGAGCUGCUGGAAAAAACUGUGAAUUGUGGAGCUAAUGCACAAGGGGUUUUGGGGCUGUCUGUGUUGGACUCCAUUAACACAGGCAAACUUUUUACUGUGAAUAAAAACUCUUUAAAUAACUAUUCUAGGAAUUUUAGCAGUUUAAAUGAGGAUGAGUUGCCUGUAGCAAACUCUCUGGAAGGUAAGAGAAGUGACCUGUUUCCAAAGUCAAUGUAUGGGGCUGCGGAGGAUUCUCACUCGGAUACAGAGUCUGUCACAGAAGCCUUUGACAAUGCUGGUGAGGUGUUGCUUGGGCAAUGUGCUGCUGCUAAUGCCCCCGCAGGCUCUACUGUAACAGAGUCAGAUGAGGAGCAAAUUGAAAUUUGUUGCAUGAACGACGAGCUGCAGAAGCCCGCUCAGGAGCAGCAUCACACCUCUGGAACAAGCUCAUCCUCACUGUCCCUGCUGCACCCUUGCAGUGGCAAAGUUUUGCAGAAUGAGGGCUGUGCAAUGUGUGGGUCACUGGAGACAAGCAUCAACAAACUAGGUUUGGAAGAUCGUGGUGGUCCCACUCCAUGUCCUUCACAGUGUCCAAACGUGUCCUCCGUAUCCUUGUGUUCUCCUUCCUCAGUUCUCCUGCCAGAAGAAGACAUCCUAAAGAAUUCAAUCAGUAUCCCUGAAGUUUACUCUUUCUGUAACAAUGGUGCCUUACGUACAGAAGAACAGAUGGAUUUGGGGAACAGUAAUGAACAUAAGAAAUGCUGUGAAUCCAUUGAAGAGAAAGGGUCUCUGCACUGCAAAAAGACAAGCUUUUGCUCUGCUAGAAAUGUCAAUGUUUUGGAGAACAGCUUGUUUGAGAAAGAAGGAUGUCAUGAUGAACAGAGAUCCAAAUCUGAAAGUGAAAUGGCAGUUGAUGACUGUAAUCAUGCUGUUGAUUAUUGCUCGGUGAAGAAAGAAACCAACAGUUUGUCCACCUUGUCUAAAACAGACAGCAAUCAUGUGAAUGCAUCAUCAACAAGAGGAAUAUCACUCAGGUCACCCUUUCCCACUAGAUCUAAAGAUCCAAAGGCUAAUGCAACUCAUGAAUUGCCAGGAAAAAAUGAGAAAAUUAACUCUGUGACUUCAGGAAGGUCUUCAAAUGGAAAAGUCCAAAGCUCAGGCACAAAUCACUGCAAAGGAGCUGCAGUACCGCACAGCCCAUCCUCACAGAAAAAAUCCUGUCAGGAGACUAAGGCAAUGGCACAAAAAAGUAUAAUGGACACCCUUUUAAAUAAUCAGAAAUCUAAAGCAGGACCAAAGCUAAAAGGUUUCACCAUCAAAAGCAAAGCAAAGACAAAUUCAGAUUCUUCUGGCGUUACUCCUACCAAAGUCAAUGGGGUUGAUCAGAAAAGGGCUUCUGUUUCUCCACAACUAUCCCCCAAACUCCUGGGAAAGAAAACACCAUUGUCCCGUAACUCACCUACAAACUCAGAUCCUGGAAAGAGCAUUUCAGCAGCCUCAAAGACUCUGAAAUCAGAGCUAGAAAAUAAAUCAUCUCUGGUAAUUUCUGAAGAUUCACUUCUGCCUCUCCUGAAUGGCAGCAUUAGUCCAACCACGAGUGUUGAAAUGAAAUGUGGCUGUGGGGAGCUAUCAUGGGGAAAGCCAAAAGAGAAGCAAGUUUCCAUGCAGGCUGUGGUGUGUCAGGGUAAGGAUGCUAAGGUGGAUGAUUUCAGAGCCAGAGACAGUCAGUCCAUAGUCACUUCACCUCCUCAGGGGAUACCAAAAGCUGACUAUGUGAAAGGGAGGACUGAUAACCCUGGAGGAGACCUGAACACAAUCAAAAGCAUCCGUAGUGCAGAUGACCUUAGGCAAUUAGAUCUGCAAAAGGUAGGAACAACUGCUGGAGCCUGCUCUUCUUCAUUGGGGUCCCCCUCAGUUCAGCAGGAGCACCUGGAAGGGCAGGAGAUCCAACGCACCUUCAUUGAGGUGAAACUUUCUUCCUCAUCAUCCCCUUCCUCCUCCUCCUCCGCCUCGUCCUCACCAGCAUCAUUUUUGCGGCUGCCAUUGCCGGAGAAAGCAGAAGAGGUGAAUGCACAAGUGCCUCGGCUGACUGAGGAGAUGGGGACCAUGCAGUAUUUCUCAAGAGGAGAUACUGCUGGAGACAGACGUCUCUGUGGCUUGUCAAAACCUGUGACAAGGACCUACUCGAUGCCAUCCCAGCUAUCGGGUCACUUGAGGGAGGACUGCCAUGUUGCAGAGGUUCACCCUGUGCAAGGUCCCCAGGGCCAAACUGCAGAGGAGAAAUACCCACAGGCAGCAACGGGGAUGUUAAAGAUGGUUCACCUGAAUCUGCCUAACAGCCAGAGUGGAAAGGAGCAGGCUUACAUCUCCAAAAGUGCCCAGAAGGUCCAUGGCACGUCCCCCUCAGCCAGUGACGUUAGCUACCCCACUGCUGAUAAACUGAGAAGCUUCAGGCGGAAUUACUAUUACUAUGAGCUGAACUGGCCACAUGAGCCGAUUUCAUCCUUCUCUGUCAAACAGAGGAUCAAAUCCUUUGAAAACCUGGCAAAUUUUGACCGGCCCUUUGUGAAGGCCAUUGAUAUAUGCUCGGCUGCAAGGUUGCCCCUUGCCAGGAGGUCAUGUGGUGGGUUGGCCACCUCAUCCAGCUCCACUGAGUCACCGUGGGCACUGCGGCGCAGCUUGAGCUCCUACGGUGGCAGUCCCAGCCCAGCCAGCAUCGUGGCCAAGUCUCCCCUUGGCACAGAGCCUGUGUGUGUGACCAAGGCUAGCAAAGGGGAUGAAAAGCCUCAGAGGAGCGAGGAGGAUGGCACUGGGGCAGACAUGGCUGCCUUCCCCACCUCGGCCUCCCAGGUGCGCCGCAGCCGGGGCCUGGGGCGGCCGCCACUGUCCCGCUCCAGGCUGCGGGAGCUGAGAGCCCUCAGCAUGCCAGACCUGGAUAAGCUGUGUGGAGAGGGCUUCUCAGAGCCCCCGCAGGCCACCUGCUUCAAGACAGAGCUGGAAAUCACGCCCCGCAGAGUCCUUGGCACACCUGCCCAGAGUGGGGCAGCUCCAGCAGCCCGCUGCAGCCCAGCGGAACUGGCUGGGAUGGGAAUGAGAGCCUGCAGCCCCCGGGACAGCGGCUCAGGGACGCCAGGCUCUGCCUCGGAUGAUGACAUGCCCCAUGGUAGCUCUCUGGAUGGGGGAAACAGCUGGUCUAUCAGCUUGGAUCAGCUGCUCAUCUCAAGCCUGGACCAGCAAAAACUGCAAUCUGUUUUGUCAGUGGUAGUACCAAAAUGUGAUGUUGCUGCUGUGCUCCAAGAAGUCAAAGCACAAGUAAAGAGCAAAGAGGACACAUACUUUGUAGUCUUGCACAAAGAAGAAGGAGCUGGCCUGGGAUUUAGUGUUGCUGGAGGAAUAGACUUGGAACAGAAAUCAGUCACAGUCCACAGAGUGUUUUCAAAGGGAGUGGCAUCUCAAGAAGGGACUAUCCAUCGAGGAGAUCUUGUUCUGUCAGUCAAUGGCAAAUCUCUGGCAAACUCUGUCCAUGGGGAUGUCCUGAAUACUCUUCAUCAGGCAAGGCUGUACAAAUAUGCAGUCAUUGUCAUCCAGAAGGAAAAAGACAAAACAAACAAUUCCUCCAGACUUGAGAUAUCAGCUACUGGCAGAAAAUGUGUGGGGUCUGGAAAGGAUGUUUCCAUGGAAAUAGGAACAGAUCCAAACCUGGACAUGAAUGAUGUCAUCUGCGUUGAAUUAUUGAAAACCUCUGCUGGUUUGGGAUUCAGUCUCGAUGGUGGAAAAGCUUCCAUUGCUGGAGAUAAGCCCUUGCUUGUAAAAAGGAUAUUUAAAGGUGGUGCUGCGGAGCAAUCUGGAAACAUAGAAACUGGAGAUGAAAUUCUUGCUGUUAGUGGGAAGUCGUUAAUUGGGCUCAUGCAUUACGAUGCCUGGAACAUCAUUAAAUCUGUGCCAGAGGGGCCUGUUCAAUUGCUAAUCAGAAAACACAGAACUGCAGUAUGAUGGAAACACUACGUCUAAUCACACUUGCUAAGACAAACCAUUUAUAACUGUCUAAAAGCUGUCUUUGCUUAUAAAGCCACACAGAAGUGUCUUAAUGCUUUACAGAGAGGUGCUAAGAGCCUUGGAGAACCACUGAGCAAGCGUGUGAUGAGCUUCAAAGAUCUCACCUAAUGAUUGGGGAUGAAGGAAGCCAAAAGUUAGAGACAAUUUUGUAUUAUGGGGCAGUUUUAUUGGAACUUCAAGACCUCUCCUGGGUUUGAUUUAAAGUAUUUUGACUGAGAUAAAUAACACUGUGCCUGUCCCUGAUAUUUUUAGUAUCUUGCAGAGUGUUGGUAGUAGAACUUGUUGGUUGCCAUCCUGUUGACAAGGGUGGGUUUUAGACUGUACUAUAUCACUUAGCUGUAAUAAGACUUAAGGACACUUCCUUGGGGUCUGGUCCUUUUUUUUGUUGUAAUAAGAGAAUGUCUGGAACAAUCUCACUUUAUUCUUCUAAGUGCAGUUUUGCUAAAAGUGCAUGACAAAAAGAGUAUAAUUUUGCACAACUUGUAUGCCUAAAAUACAAGCAUUUUAUUGCAAAGCUGAAAAAUCCUCCUUAAAUUAAUGAACUAACUCAGCAUCCACCACAACUGAAUCUACUUCUAGGUGCAACUUGUAUCUGAAAGCACUUGGUGUUAAUGCAGUGGAAAUCUGUAAGAAAAUCAUGUCCAUAUAAUAGGUGAUUGUCCACCAAGAUGUAUACUGAGUUGUUAGUUAUGAUUAAAAUGGGGGCGAUAAAAAGCUGGGGUCUGAAUUUUCAAAUUUAGGCUUCUAAUGUUAGGCACCUUUAAAAUAUAUAUAUUUUUAAAAGGGGGAUAAUUUAAGGUGCUGAGCACUUACAGAUCCCACAGACUUCAGUGACUGCUAAGAACGUCUGCAAGUUGGGCUGCUUUUAUUUAUCUUCAAGAGGUUUAAAGCUGCCCAGCUUGAAAGACUCAAGCUGAAAAGUGGUGAUCUGAAAAUGGGGAUUAUAACAGAUUAAAUCUGAGCUGGCCAUA